AGUUAAUAAAUUUGGAAAUGAACAAGGUUAAUCACAUUUAUCUGAUCUUAUGGAUGAUAGUCAUCUCACUCGGUAUGUUCCAGUUCGGAUACGGAAAUGCCAGCUUCAGUAAUUUACAGCAAGUCCUAUUCUUUCAGUACCAGGAUGCAAAAGGCGAAGUUAUUAGCACCCAAAAGAAUUUUAACUCUGUGGUUACAACAGCAGUGCCUGCAGGAGCAGCUAUUGGGUCUUUCACAGGAGGCUUUUUCACACCAUUAGGAAGGCGCCCAGCCAUCAUGAUUACCAACGUGAUCAUUGUAGCAGGAGUCGGAGUUACCAUGAUAUUUAAUUUCUACGCUUUGAUUAUUGGAAGGAUUUUAUUUGGCUACGGAAUAGGAGUUAUGACUGUUCUUACACCUCUAUUUAUCUCAGAGACAUCUCCUGUGGAGGUAGCAGGUCCGAUGGGAUCUCUCAGUCAAAUAAUGGUCACUGUAGGAAUUAUGAUUGCCUACAUGUUUGGUUUCCUAGCUCCAAUAAGAUACCUUGAUAAAGAAGGCGAUCCUGAAAUGAACCCAGAUGUCCUGACAACUCAAUCUUGGAGAAUUAUAUUUGCAGUGCCAGCUGCUAUUUCCAUUUUUCAAACUUUGAUGCUGUUGGUUGUAUUCAGGUAUGACACACCAAAGUUUUACCAACAGAAGGGCGACAGGGAUAUGAUAAAAGCUGUUAACGCAGUGAUCUACAAAGAAAAAUCUGGAGAAGAUCAAAGCGAGAAUUUGGUCCAAAAUGAAGAUGACAAUGCUGAAAGAGUUACUUUGGGAGAAAUGUUUGGAUCCGUAUAUAGAUAUGUCCUUAUUAUUGGCUCACUCCUUGCGAUGUUCCAACAAAUGACAGGCAUUAAUAUGGUUAUCUUCUAUUCAAAUGUCAUCUUUACACAAGGCUUGGAUGAAGGAUAUACAGCAGAGACUAAAGCGAGGAUUGGUACCAUUAUUGUUGGUGUAGUUAAUUUGGCAGCAACCGUAGUUGCAAUUCCUUUAUUAGCUAAAUUUGGAAGGAAGAUCUUAAUGCUUUCUGGACAUUUUAUGAUGACAGUCUCUCUUGCAGUUCUUGGUGUUUUUGCCAUCACAGGCUUCAGCACAGGAACCAUCAUCUUUACUUUGGUCUUCAUUGCAUUUUUCGAAAUUGGAGUUGGUUCAAUUCUUUUCUUAUACUUAGCUGAGAUCAUGCCUGAAGCAGGUUUAUCAAUCCCCUCAGGUAUAUGCUGGGUCUUUACUAUCAUAAUCGGUCUGAUAACUCCAAAUCUCUUUGACUGGCUGAAAGCAACAGGUGUUUACUUUGUAUUUACCGGUAUCAAUUUUGUGGGCAUCCUCUUCAUUCUUUUCCUAAUUAAAGAAACAAAAGGUAAAAGCAAAAUCGAAUUGGAAAGCCUUUACACACAGAAACGAAGAAAUUAUCAAUCUUUGCCUGAAGAGCAACUCAACAGCUCGGAGAGACCUAUGAGCACUGACUUAUAAGCUCUUUGGAGAUAUCCUAAUUGCUUGCCAGCAUAUCUGCUGAGCACUUAAUCUCAAAAUAUUCCUU